AUGCACAGGAAAGCUCACUCACUGUCUUUUGUUGCCCAGCUGCGGGGUUACAGGCCGGUUGGUUUGCUUUCCCACCCAGUAAACCCGGGCAAGAAUUUGGGCAUCGUGAGGACCGUAGCAAGUAUUGUGUCUGGAGCUAAGACUUCAGCCCAAGUCAGAGAACGGUUGAAGAAUGAAGUGAUUCAGAUGAAGGAACAGGCUCCUGGCUUUCGGCCUGGGCUGGCUAUUUUGCAGGUUGGAGACAGAGAUGAUUCAAACCUGUACAUCAGUAUGAAGCUGAAGGCUGCAGCUGAGAUUGGGAUGAAUGCGAACCAUGUGAAACUGCCAAAAACGGCCACUGAAGAUGAGGUGCUGAGGAAAAUUACCCACAUUAAUGAGGACCCCAACGUACAUGGUUUGAUUGUUCAACUGCCUUUGGACUCCAUUAACCCAAUUGACGUUGAGAAAGUAACAAAUGCAGUUUCCCCUGAGAAGGAUGUUGAUGGUUUUUGCUUCUACUUACCUCCUGGGGAGAGCUUGGCCAUGGGGGCAUCGGUGGCAACAGCAUCAACAAGGAAAGCCAGCUUCGUCGGGGUCUGGAGCGUGGCAGUGGCUGGUGAACCCAGAGUGGUAGCUGAUGGAGGGGACGAGCAAGGGGACCUGGUAUCGGCUGCUUUGUUGGAAUUGCAAGUUUGGGAGAUAAUGCCUGAAAACGAAGCCAUUAUGUCAGUCCUGUGGACAGGACACAUGGGGCCAUGGUUGAAGCUGGCUGGCUCUCGAGCUGUCGUUAUUGGAAGGAGCAAGAUUGUUGGUGCCCCCAUGCGAGACCUCCUGGUGUCGAACCAUGCUACUGUAACCACCUGCCAUUCUAAGACAGCUGACCUGCCAGGAGAGAUUGGGAGGGCCGACAUUCUGGUGGUCGGAGCUGGCAAAGCUGAGAUGGUGAAAGGAAAUUGGAUCAAACCAGGUGCUGUCGUCAUUGAUUGUGGAAUCAACUACAUUCCUGACAGCACCAAGCCAAGUGGGAAGCGUGUGGUUGGCGACGUGGCUUACAAUGAAGCCAAAGAAGUGGCUUCGUACAUCACCCCAGUGCCUGGCGGAGUUGGGCCAAUGACUGUCUGUAUGCUUAUGGCAAACACUGUCGAGGGGGCCAAACGCUAUUUGAAGAACUGCAAGCCAGGAAAAUGGCCUAUUCAAUACACAAAGCUUAACCGUGUGGAGCCUGUGCCCAGUGACAUUGUGAUUUCACGGUCUUGCACACCAAAGCACAUCAGCCGCAUGGCCAAGGAAGUUGGUUUGUUAUCUGAUGAAGUGGAGCUGUACGGCAUAUCGAAGGCAAAGGUGCUUCUCUCCACACUGACCCGGCUGAAGGACCAACCAGACGGGAAAUAUGUUGUUGUCACAGGCAUCACCCCCACACCGCUGGGUGAAGGCAAGAGCACCACCACAAUUGGCCUGGCUCAGGCCAUCGGAGCUCACCUGGACAUCAACGUUUUCGCUUGUGUUCGUCAACCAUCACAGGGCCCCACCUUUGGGAUCAAAGGUGGAGCAGCAGGUGGUGGAUAUUCCCAGGUUAUCCCAAUGGAAGAGUUCAAUCUCCACCUGACUGGGGACAUCCAUGCCAUCACUGCUGCCAACAACCUGGUCGCUGCUGCUAUCGAUGCUCGCAUGUUCCACGAGGCCACACAAUCUGACAAGGCUCUGUACGACCGUCUGGUACCUUCCAUUAAAGGAGUUAGGACAUUCAGCCAGAUUCAGCUGAGGAGACUGCAGAAACUUGGAAUUAACAAAACUGAGCCCACUGCACUGACCGAAGAAGAAAUAAAUCGCUUUGUGAGGCUGGAUAUUGAACCUGAUACUAUCACAUGGCAGCGAGUGAUGGAUACAAACGACAGGUUCCUGAGGAAGAUAACCAUUGGCCAGUCCAGUACUGAGAAGGGAUAUACCAGAACAGCGCAGUUUGACAUCACGGUGGCAAGUGAGAUAAUGGCGGUGCUGGCCCUGACUGAUAGUUUGAAGGACAUGAGAGCGCGGCUGGGGAAGAUGGUGGUUGCUUCCAAUAAGAAAGGAGAGCCAGUCACCACAGACGACUUGGGUAUCAGUGGAGCUCUGGCUGUUCUGAUGAAGGAUGCCAUUAAACCCAAUCUCAUGCAGACAUUAGAGGGGACCCCAGUGUUUGUUCAUGCUGGCCCGUUUGCCAACAUCGCACAUGGAAACUCCUCCAUCCUGGCUGACAAAAUAGCUCUCAAACUCGUUGGCCCUGCUGGUUUUGUAGUGACGGAGGCUGGAUUUGGAGCAGACAUUGGGAUGGAGAAGUUCUUCAACAUUAAGUGUAGGUACUCGGGACUGUGUCCCCAUGUGGUCGUGCUGGUUGCUACGGUGAGGGCCCUGAAAAUGCACGGGGGUGGCCCAACGGUCACAGCAGGUGUUCCCCUACCAAAGGAAUAUAUCGAAGAGAACCUGGACUUGUUGGAGAAGGGCUGCAGUAACCUCCGUAAGCAGAUCGAGAACGCAAAGCUGUUUGGGGUUUCGGUGGUAGUGGCGGUCAACGCCUUCAGAACAGACACUGAGGCUGAGCUCGAGCUGGUGUGCAGCUUGGCCAAGGAGAUGGGUGCGUUUGAUGCUGUGAAAUGUACUCACUGGGCUGAAGGAGGGCAAGGGGCUGUUGAGUUGGCCCGAGCUGUACAGAGAGCUUCUGAGCAAGACAGCAACUUCAAAUACCUGUACCCUCUGGAGCUCCCCAUUGUCGACAAAAUUCGAACCAUCGCCCAGAAAAUUUACGGUGCUGCUGAUGUGGAGCUGAGCCCUGAGGCACAGAACAAAGUGGAGCUUUACACCAAACAGGGAUUUGCUGACCUGCCCAUCUGCAUGGCCAAGACUCACCUGUCCUUAUCCCACAUGCCAGAGAAGAAGGGAGCACCCACAGGAUUUGUUCUGCCAAUCCGGGAUAUCCGGGCAAGUGUUGGUGCAGGAUUUCUCUACCCGCUGGUGGGCACGAUGAGCACCAUGCCAGGAUUGCCAACCCGCCCCUGCUUUUAUGACAUUGAUUUGGACCCAGAAACGGAAGAAGUGAAUGGACUCUUCUAACCGCUAAAACCAAAAUCGCAGUAUGCAAAAGGUUGAAGUUCUCCAAAGAUGCACCAGAGGCCAAGCGAUUUAUUCGACUGAGGUCCAAGGUGUGGUUUGAACCACAUAUCAAACCCGAUUGUGCCUUACCAUAUUGUGCCUGAUCAACGGUGUGCAAGUAAAGUCCGUAACAGAAAUUCUAAAUCUCACACUGACAAUCAACGCAUUCUGGGUAAAAUUCAUUGCUGUCAUAACUUCUCAAACUCUAAAUAAAUAAUGUGAUAGCAUUCCCCA